ACAGCGGACGAAUAGACUAGCACAUCCCAUCCCUCCCACGGCAUAGUGCGAGAGGCGUCUCCUUGUCAAUCUGCACUUUAGGCAGACCGGCAGCCUAUCUGGGAAAGAAAAGUAAUUUGAGCGGCGUCUUUGCCUUCCUCUAUUUUCGUUCAAGGUCAGGCGCCAUGCUGCAGCCUUUCAGAGUAGACGUCGAUUAAACCUAGAGCCUUUCACAGCCCCAGCGGCCAGUGUCCUUUUAUUCACAUACUUCUGUUCUUCUGCCCUUCAGCGGCAUUCUCUUGGAGUUUAAUUAUUUGGUUGCUUCGACAUUGCCCGAUACCCUUCUUUGUUGGACCAUCGUCGGCUUCCACCUCCGCACGUCCAAUAUGCUCAAGGGCGUAUUGCUUGUGGCUUCUGCAGCAUGGGCUGCAGCUCAAUCUUCUUCUGAGCCUUGCGCAAUUGUUGCCGCUCAACUGAGUCAAGCUACCAAUAUCGAGGCACAAGCCGCUUACGAAUGUCUCGAAUCUGUCCCUGUCGACGUCCAAGGCAAUCGCCUUCUCCUCGACGAAUUAAAAAACAUAUGGCAAUUUCAGUCAGAACUCGCAUGGCUGAAGAACCCAGGAAAUGAGUGGGAGUGGGGUCCGUUAGAUAUUGAGGCGGAACUCGACAACAUCAAAAGCAAUCUUGACUCGUUUCCGUCCGAGUACGCUGUCCAACUCGCCAUUCAGAACAUCACCAUUCGAACUGGCAACUUCCAUUUCAACUACAGACCCGACAUACUCCAGGUUUUCAAAUUCCUACGUCCCUUCAAUGUCGCUUCCAUUUCCCAGGAUGGUAAAUCACUGCCCAAGUUGUACGUUGCCGACGACGUCUUGGCUCUGGCUCAAGGUAGCUCGGAUGUCUCUGAGAUUUCCAAGCUUAACGGUCAAGACCCCUAUGCCUUCCUCCUAUCUGUCUCAUGGUCGCAGUACAUUGAUUCAGAUGGCUUACUCAACAAAAUGGUGGCUAAAGGAGAUACGGACAACCCUGGUAGCUUCAUGUUACAGAGCAAAUACGACGGCAACGGUACAGAAGUCACGUGGGCAAACGGUUCAACAGUCUCUGUUACCAACAUUGCCAGAUCAGAUGAAGACUUUUCGCGUGUUACCGAUGGACAAUCCUUUUUCGACGCAUUCUGUACAGGCCGCCUUUUCGCCCAGCCAGCCACAGCCAGUACGAAAUCCUCGACGGGUUCGCCAGAGACAGAUAGUCAAGGGCCAAAAAGCCCCACGGGUCUCAGCUAUAUCAUCUCUCCCGGCGCUCCUGAAGACCCUGUUCCCCGUAUUCCUACUGGUAUUUACCACCUCCGCAACAAGCGCCAGACUAUCCCAAGUCCAUAUGCAGAAGCUAUUGUGGAAUCACAAAGUCAAGUUGUAGCCGGAUACUACCUCAACGGAAACGGCUAUGAAGAUAUCGCUGUGCUUAAGAUUAUUUCGUUCAGCAACCCCAGCUCUGACAUCGACGAGUCGGAUUUUAACAACGAAUUCCAGGCCGUGGUCGCGAGAUUCCUUGAAAGAUGCGUAAGCGACAACAAGCAAAAACUCAUCAUCGACCUGCGUGAAAACGGUGGCGGCAACACCAACCUCCUCUUGGAUGUCUUCAUGCAGCUUUUCCCUGAAAUGGUGCCCUUUUCUGGACAACGGUACCGGGCGACUGAGGCUUUUCUCAAGAUCGGCGAUGCUGUCAAUGAGAUUAGGGGUGAUCCUUCCAAGGCGAGGACAUUUACUCGUUUCACAGGGGGCGAUAUCGAGAACAGCAACAUGUACAGGUACUGGUCUUGGUGGCAUUUCCUUAAUAGCGAUGGAGCCGAUUUCAAGGACUGGAAUGACUUCAACGGACCUGUGAAACUAAACGGCGACAGCUUUACUUCGACCAUGCGAUACAACUACACAGACGAACUCUCCAUCCUCCCCGCAGGUUUCCGUUUUGUAAACGGCACCCGCCCAACCCCCUUCAACGCCUCCAACAUCGUUAUGUAUACCGACGCCCUGUGCGGCUCCUCCUGUGCCUCCUUCCACGAAGAGCUCAAAAACAUCGCCGGUGUCAAGGCCGUCACCGUCGGCGGUCGCCCAGAAAACAAGCCCAUUCAAACCGUCACCGGCAGCAAAGGCGGUGAAGUCACGCCCCUCUUCUACUGGCAAAUGUACGCUGAAGUAGCGCUGAACCUCAGCUCCCUCGCCGAUCUCUCCGCAUUCUCAGCCACAGACCCUGUACUUUCAGGUAUUGCAAACACUCCGCAAAUCAUGACGCGCGCGGGCGACGAGUCCUCGCGGUUGCAAUCGCAAGAUCAGAUUCGCAAGGGCGAUGCGUCUGGUACGCCGCUGCAGUAUAUCUACGAAGCUAGCGAUUGCAAGAUUUUCUACACUGCGGAAACGUUCUUCGAUCCCGAUGCUGCGUGGAAGCAGGCGUGGGAUGCGUUCCAGGAUGAGGGUAAGUGCGUGGAGGGCAGCACGGGACAUAAGAGUUCGUUGUCCGGUGGCUACAAGCCUUACGGCCCUGGUGAGCUGAAGGCGGAGGAUCGGCCGCAGAGUAGUGCGGAUGAUGAUAGGCCGGGAAGCGGCAGUAGUCAGAAAGAUGCGGCAAGCAGUGUGAGGAUUAGUGGGGUGGUGGUGGGUGUUGUGGCGGUGCUUGUUAGCGUUGUGAUGAUGUAGAUUGAGUGACGGGUGCGACGGCAUCUUUGUCACUUCUUUUUUAAUGAGUAAUGCUAUUGUUAGUCCUGUUUUAUGUAGGGAAAUCAUAUUCCUAUUCUGAUCUGCAUAUUGCUUUUAGGUCAGAUAUG